UUCCCCACUCUCUUCGUCUGCACUCGCUCCGCUUAGAAAACGACCGAGAAGCCGAAAUCGCGAAAUCGGGCGAUUGAAUUGUGAUUUUUAGGAUAUUCCCGAGAUUUGACCGGGUACGUUUUGGAAGAGAGGGCGGAGCGUCCUCUCUUGGAGGAUUUCCGGUUUUCGAUCAAUGGAGGCAUCUCAUCUCCUCUGUCUCAGAAACCACCAUUUCGAUUCCCCUCAGUUUCGUUUCCGUGGUCAAGAAGCGAGGAGGAAGACGACGAGAGUGAAUUCGCGCUCUCUUCGUGGAAGAACCGGCACGCGGAAAUGGGUCGUCAAGGCCGUCGCGACAGAGGCGGAAGUGGCAGCGGAGGCGAAGAGGACGACUCCGAGAAAUAGACCGAGCAUGUCUGGAAGAAUGGGAGAUGUUUCGGAGGAGAUUAAGCGGGUUCGGGCGCAAAUGGAGGAGAAUGAACAGUUGGCGACGCUGAUGAGGGGGCUUCGGGGGCAAAAUCUCAUCGACACGCAAUUCGCCGCUGAUGAUGUUCGGAUGCGGCUUGUUGAGGUUUCUGAUGCUGAAGGUGGGGAUACUCUGCCUCUAGUAUAUGAUCCUGCCCUCAUCUCGGCAUACUGGGGGAAGCGUCCCCGAGCGGUUGCAACGCGAAUUGUUCAGCUAUUGGCUGUAGCUGGUGGUUUCCUUUCUCGUCUUCUUGGGGAUCUGAUCACCAAGAAGAUCAAAGAGAAUGAAGUUUCCCGUGCAAUUGAACUACGAGAGAUUGUUACGUCUUUAGGUCCAGCGUAUAUAAAGCUUGGUCAGGCAUUAAGCAUACGUCCAGAUAUAUUGUCUCCUGCUGCUAUGACAGAGCUGCAAAAACUUUGUGAUAAGGUACCUUCUUUCCCAAAUGAUGUUGCUAUGUCACUUCUUGAAGAGGAGCUUGGUCAGCCUUGGCAUGAGAUAUAUUCUGAACUUUCUCCCUCUCCAAUUGCCGCUGCAUCCUUGGGGCAAGUAUAUAAAGGUCGCCUUAGAGAAAAUGGGGACGUGGUGGCAGUGAAAGUUCAACGUCCUUUUGUACUCGAGACUGUUACAGUGGAUCUUUUUAUUAUUCGUAAUCUCGGUUUGGUUCUUCGAAAAAUUCCACAGAUAUCUGUUGAUGUUGUUGGACUGGUGGAUGAGUGGGCUGCUCGGUUUUUUGAGGAACUUGACUAUGUGAAUGAAGGAGAAAAUGGGACACGUUUUGCCGAAAUGAUGAAAAAAGAUCUUCCACAGGUUGUUGUCCCAAAGACAUAUAGUAAGUACACUUCGAGAAGGGUUCUUACAACAGGAUGGGUAGAAGGAGAAAAGUUAUCUCAAAGUACUGAAAGUGAUGUUGGGGAGCUGGUCAAUGUGGGAGUUAUAUGCUACUUAAAGCAGCUGCUUGAUACUGGUUUUUUCCAUGCUGAUCCACACCCAGGGAAUCUGAUACGAACUCCAGAUGGCAAGUUGGCCAUACUUGACUUUGGACUUGUCACUAGGUUAACUGAUGAUCAGAAAUAUGGAAUGAUUGAAGCAAUAGCUCACCUUAUUCAUCGUGAUUAUGAUGCCAUUGUUAAAGAUUUUGUGAACCUUGGGUUUAUCCCUGAGGGUGUUAAUCUGGAGCCAAUAUUACCAGUUUUGGCUAAGGUUUUUGAUCAAGCACUUGAGGGAGGAGGAGCAAAAAACAUCAAUUUCCAGGAGCUGGCAUCAGACCUAGCCCAAAUUACAUUUGACUAUCCAUUCCAAAUACCACCUUAUUUUGCAUUGAUAAUUAGAGCUAUUGGCGUACUGGAAGGAAUAGCUUUGGUUGGCGAUCCUGAUUUUGCCAUUGUUGAUGAAGCAUAUCCAUAUCUUGCACAGAGACUAUUGACUGAUGAAUCCCCUAGGUUGAGAAGUGCUUUACGGUACACCAUAUAUGGAAAAAAAGGUGUUUUUGAUGCAGAGAGAUUUAUUGAUGUUAUGCAAGCAUUUGAAAAUUUCAUAGAUGCAGCAAAAAGUGGAGGUGGGGAGGGACUAAAUGGAGACAUGGCUGGCCUUGGUAUGUUGCAAGCUCGAAGUGUUUCUUUGCCAGUUAUGUCAGCUAACACAUCUCAAACAGAACAAGUUCAAACAAGAGCGGCAUUGGCAUUCCUGUUGUCUGAAAAGGGCAAUUUUUUCAGGGAGUUCAUCUUAGAUGAGAUUGUGAAGGGAAUUGAUGCUGUCUCAAGGGAGCAACUGACACAAAUAUCUGCAGCCCUUGGAGUUCAAAGUUCAGCUCCCAUUUUCAGCAUGGUCCGCACCCUUGGACCCUUGAGACCUACUGCUUUGUUGCCUACGGUUACAGAGGAGGACAAAGUUGUAUUAAACAAUGUACAGAAGGUAGCUGAGUUUCUAACAAGUGGUUCUCCAGGAUUAAGAACAAUGGGCCAGGAAGUAGACAGCCUGCGUGUUUUACAGGAGUUGCUUCCGGUCUUACCAAGCAUCUCAGCUCGUGUACUUCCUGAGGUGCUAAGUCGUCUAACUUCACGGGUAGCAGCAAGGCUACUGCGGGAGCUGUUCCUAUGAUGUACAACUGCUGAUCGUUAGAGAUGUACAUUAUCUUCAUCUGAUAAAUUUUGAAUAGCAUAUCUUUUGUGUAUAUAUUCUUUCCUAUAUGUGUAGGACCAUGACCAUGUGGUCCUAGAAGCAGUCUCAUCAAUUGUAUAUUGGACGGUGAUUCUUUGAAAAAAUAUCACAGCAUAGUUCUCUCUCU